AUGAGUACCAUGAAAUUUUGCCGCGAAUGUAACAACAUUCUAUACCCUAAGGAAGACAGAGAAGCUAAGGUUCUUCUCUAUGCUUGCCGCAAUUGCGAUCACCAGGAGAAUGCUGAUAACUUCUGUGUGUAUAGAAAUGAGAUUCAUCACUCUGUUGGAGAGCGGACUCAAGUCUUGCAGGAUGUAGCUGCAGAUCCAACUCUUCCUCGUACCAAGGCUGUUCGCUGCGUUCAGUGCAACCACGGCGAAGCUGUGUUUUUCCAGGCAACUGCCAGAGGGGAGGAAGGAAUGACCCUUUUCUUCGUUUGCUGCAACCCAAACUGUGGACACCGAUGGAGAGACUGA